ACACAAACUAAAUGAAGAGAGUUUAGUAUGUACUUAUUUCUGUCAAGGGCGGUAACCGUGUCCUCAUUUUUAAUUUGUUAAAUAUUAACGCUCGUUUCUAAUUCACACCCAAUAUCCACGAGAACAUCAUUAAGGUAAACCGCCUGAAACGUCAUGCCAUCUGAGGACGGGCAGCUCGCGCUCUAGUUACGGUAACGGACUGUGAGUUGGGCGGAAGAAGGCGGUUAUUAGUUACCUCAGAGAAGAGUGGGUGUGUGCGGGUCAAAACUGAUCUCGUCGCUGGCAAAGAGACCGGGGUGUAGGUGUUAACUCGGAGUCGGUUACUGGAAACGAGAACUAGUACGUGUACGACUGUACGGAAUCGGUCGUUGAGACAGAGGCGAGUCUCUGGUAUUAAUACGGAGUCACUACUUGGGAUAAACGGUCUUUUCUCUUUUUAAUUCAGAGAUAGUAGUAGCCCGCUGCUUCGAAAGUAAGAAUUGGACUGUGUCAUUUCUUGUGAAGUAGCAAACCUUUAGCAGGUGCCAGGAUGGCUGCUCCCCCAUACAGUGGGACACCUUACACUCCACCCUCUUACGAGGAGGCUUCUAAGAUACCUCCACAUCCUGGCUACCCACUAAAUCCUGGCUAUCAACAGAGCCCUGGUUACCCUGCUCCACCACAGCCAGUUACAGUUCAAACGGUUAUCGUCCAGCCUGCAGUGAGGUUUGGUGAUCACCCAGUUCAGAUGACGUGCCCUUCCUGCCAGCAGGCAGUAGUAACCAGUGUUUCUCACCGAGCAGGUCUUCUUACUUGGCUUUCUUGCGGAGGUCUCGUCCUGUUUGGGUGUGUUUUUGGUUGCUGCCUGAUCCCAUUUUGCAUUGAUAGCCUUCAGGAUGCCGAUCACCAGUGCCCAAACUGCCAUACGAUCCUUGGCACUUACAAACCUCUCUGAGCCCUUCUAUGACUCCAUCAGUUAUGAAUAUAUACAUUUAAGAUUGUCAAAUUAUAGUAAAGCACUUUCCAAACUCCUAGUGUCUCUUGGUAGACGGUUUUAACCAACAAUGUUUUAGGGAAUGGGGAAGGGGCUUCAAAUACAGAGAUGUUUUUAACAAUAACCCUAAAGUUGUACAUAGAGGACAGUUUGAUAAUCAUGCAGCCAUAGUUCAAGGACUGCUUGGGUUGGCUGCAAAACUUCCUCUGGCAGAAAAAUCUUAAGAUUUGUUAAGUAUUAUAUUUUAUCUUUAAUAAAAUGUAUGCUAAAUCUGGAGUUAGUGAUCACAUUAGUUUUACUGUGAUGCUGUUACAUGGAUAUUUUUAGAAAUUAAUUGCAGUAACAUACAUGAACAGUUAAAACUUGCACUUGACUAGAGUAAACUGUUAAUGAAAAUGUGUGAAAUUUUUCUUCAAAUGAAAUCACUUUUUGCAGCAAAAUAGAUUUUAAAGUGAAAUUUUCUUGUAUUUUAAUUUGAAUAAGCAUUAGAACUGCUUUUUUGUAUCUAAUACUUCCAGUUACCAGCAGAUUUCCUUUUAGGACAUAAUUCAUGCAAAGAAACACAUCACAGACUGUUGAGAGCAGCUAAGUAAACACUGAAACACCAAAAUAGAAACAGAGCUGGUCUCCACGACAAAUUAUGUUUACUAAGAAUAAAAAAUAAAAUCUUUAAAUAAAACUGUUUGCGUCUUGGCCUUAAAAGCCUUUCUUAAAAUGAUAAUCUGAGCGCUUUUGACAGAUUGCCUUCUUCAGAUCUUAAAAACACUCUCUUGGUUAGAUUGAUUUAAAUGUUGGUUUAUCCAAUCAAAAUCUCCUUUUCUGUUGCAGCCCUUGUAAAACUGGUCUUAAAAAAGGGAGCAACUCCAUUUAAUCUAGGUGCUCUAGCUGCUUGCAGAUCUGUAGUCCAUCUUAUCUUGGCUAUUUCAGUUAAAUUAUGCAGAUCUCCUAUCCUUGGACUUUCAAUUAGGUUUCACUUUAUGGUACUGGAAAUGUUAUGUCCAGAAAAAAAAUCAUUGUAUGUUGGGAUAAGGCAUCAUUCUUAUUUUUAGCCUUGUAUAUCUGAUGUCACAAAAUUCUCACUUUGAAAGGGCAGUUAGUUUUGCCAAUAUAAAAACUUAAACUUUGCAAGUUGCAACAUAAAUCAUUGUGUUUGUCUGCAUAGCUAUUCAGUUUAUAUUCCGUCUUAAUAAGGUGUUAUUUAUUACUUGUAUUUAUGUAAUCACAGGCUUUACAUGUCCCGCACUUGGAUGCACAUUUCUUCUUGGUUAUGUCCAUUAUUUUUUAUUUCUUGACAAAAUAACUGCUUCAUAUUUUUUUCUGUUAAAACAAAACAUAAGGGCAUCUCCUGCAGUGUUCCUAAUUCCUUCAUCUGCUAACAUUUUCCAGAUCUACAUAUUCGUUGUAUAUCUUGACUAUAUGUGAGCAUACAUCUUACUGCCAUUCGCUCAUUCCUGUUAGGUACAACUGUAUUUCCCUUUUCACUUUCACAAAGAAACUAUGGCUUUCCUCUAUUCUCUCUCAUUUUCUUUACCUCCGAAGCUCCUUUAUUGAUCUUGUUCAGUUUGUAUCCUCUUUUGUAAAGUUGCUGUUUUAUCUUUGUAGAUUUAUUCUCAAUAAUCAUUCUCAUUGGUACAUAACCUUGAACUUCUUAAAGUCUGUCUUCUCUCUUGAGCUGUUGUAUUCAACAAAUAUUGAAAGCUGGGUUUCAUCACCUUUCCAUAGGAAAAAGUCAUCCAUGAAUUUCUUACAGAAUAAAAUGGGGUUCAGGCACCUAGGCGGUGCGACAACCCACUGUGAGACAACUGCAGGUGGACAGAUGGCAGUAUGGAAGUUUAGCUGCAGUGACAAAUGCCUGCAGACAAUUCCCUGUGAAAAGAAAAGAACCCCCUGCACCCUAACCACAGGUGUGAGACAAAAACCCCGUAUGUGAUCUACACACUACACCCCCUAGAAAACACCGUGUGCAACUAACACUGU